AUGGAGACAAAAGAUCUAUCGAAAUUAUCUGUCUUUCCCUCUUUAGCCGGAGACGAUCACCAACAUAAGCGAUCACCGUCUGUCCGUGACUCCAAUACACAAGUCUCUAUGUCUGAAUCUGAUGUGAAAAAGGAAAGAGAGUCAGCACAAGAUGUAGUUGAAAAAGAAGACAUUGCAGCCACGUCUUAUGUCAGUGGUCAAUACUGUAUUCCGAAUUGCAUUCAUGUCUUGAGAAAUCUAAAGCAAGAUGGUCGUUUGUAUGGAAAACGAUUUAGCUAUGCUUUAGAAUUGAUAAAAGAUAGCAAAAAUAGAGUCAUUGUUAUUUCUUUAAAAGAUUGCUUCAGUGAACUGGAGGAUUGGAUUGAUUACAAGUUUAAUAAUUAA